GUACAUGUAUGUGUUUAAAAAUAACCCCACUCAAGAGUUCAACUGACAACGCAGAUAUUUUGAAUCUGAAUCGAUGAAAAAAGAAACCAGAACAAAUAUUAGAAUAAAUCUUUACGCUUAUGCUUUAUAACAGAAUACACGUGUGGGAACUUUUUCAGCUGUGGAGGAAACUAGUUAGCCAGAGGAGUAAAUAAUCUUUAUUCAGCUAUCAUGGACCGACUUGAUCUCAAGGACGCAUUGAAGAUGGCGGCCACGAGUCUCGCCGGCCUGUUCGCCGGAAACGCCAUGUACAUCAACCUCGUUGACCACCCCGCGCGCAUGAACCUCAAAACACCGGAAAUGCGCAUCGUCUGGAAGGAGGGAUUUCAUAGGGCAAAGAGAAUCCAGGGAACUAUGGUGUUGAUUGGGGCGGCGGCGGCUACUGGCGCCUGGUAUCUUGAGGAGAAUGCGGACAGACGACUCCCGUGGCUUCUGGGCGCCGGCUUGUUCAUUACUGUGUGGCCAUGGACGCUGCUAGUUAUGAUCCCGGAUAUAAACAGAAACCUUGAUGAAAACGUCUUGAAAAACAGAGGCGAGGCAUGGUCGCGUGACCACAUGAUCAGAUGGAACAAACAACAUGGAUUCAGAACCCUGGUCAGUCUCGGAGCUUUCGGGAUCUUCUUGUACGCUUUGGCCCGGAAAUAAAGACAAAUAGGACCAUGUUAUAAUUAAAAUAUACAUGAAGUUCAUUUAAAUUCAAAAUCAUACUUUUAUUCUUUUGAGUAUUUCCGCCUGGAAAUAAUGUUAAACUAGAAUGUAUCUUUAAUAGUACUUUGCAUGAUUUUUCAAUAAAAUAAAUAAAUAAC